CACUAGAAGGCUAUCGGGUACAAACAAUUCCCAACGACGUGCACAGCCGAAUGAAGCUAAUCGGCCGUCGCUUUGUUGCUUCACUUGCCCCCACUUACUUUUCAACGCUUAUAUAUUUAUAUAUCAGUAUAUACUACUCAUACACAGAGUAAAUACUCCAUUAUAUAUAUAUAUAUAUAUAUUAUCUAUCUAUCUAUCUAUAUAUAUAUAGUUACUAGUUUUUCGACUCCAACGUCCAAAGACUACUCUUCCCACUACAUUCUCCGGCUGGAUAUCCUCUGAACUACUUGCCUGUCCGUGUCGUGCCUUGCCUUGCCUCGCCCUCUGAUUCGCCUUUUGCUUUUUUUCUCUUCAUAUUAUUAUUAUUGCUAUUUCUAAAUUACGUAUUUUGAUCUGCCUUGGCAAGGGUAAAGGCACACUUGGAUCACUUAUUUCGUCGACAUUUAGUCUUGUAUACCAUCUUCCUUGAUACACAUCUUAUCUGUCUAUGUAUCUAUCUACAUACCUAUCUCUAAAAAGCAAGGAUAUAUAUAUGUAUACACGUGCAGAUACCGAUCUUAUUAGUACCUUGCUAUAUAGAUGUAUAUCUGUAAUAAAUAGUGGUGAUAACUAUAUAUGAUAUAUCUACACAUAUAUACUCAACGCAUAUAUACACAAAUAUAGACAGAUGACUAUCUAAAAGAAUUUCUGGUAAAACGAUAUAUAAAUAUAGAUAUAUAUCGGAAUCGAGAACGAUAACGAUAUAGUCGGUGGUGAUAAAUAAUACACACACACACAUAUAUAUAUAUAUAUCGCUCAGAAAUUUAUUAUUGCUUAUAUAUAUAUAAAUAUUAUUAUUAUUAAAUACAUAAGCAAGACUCGGCAACAUGACCGGAGUGGUUCUGGAAACUUUAAGUUGGAGAAAGCUAUCCUUUUUAGGGAUAUGUUUAUUCAUUGCUCUGGUUAUAUUCUUCUUAAUUGGGGGCCUUAUCGCACCGGCGCCAUCACAUGUUCAGACAAUUCUGGGAACAAAGUGCAUUGAUCGUGGGCGGCAUGCACAUAAAAAGCAAUGGUUUAUCCCAAGAGGAGAGUCUGAAAGCUGCCAGUCAUUGUCGACUUUUGAUGAUCCCAAGGUCAUGACAGAGCAGAUUUCUCCAAACCAGAUUGUCUUCACUUUCUGGAUCCCUGGUCCGAAAGGUGGCAAGCAACUGGAUAUGUCCCGCUGGUUUCAGAAUAUCAUAGCAGUGCUGCAGUUAGAGAUUGCUUAUGAUGAAAACCACCCUAUGUUGGAAAAUGCCACGCUGGAAAUGGAAGUGAAACUCGGUUACCGAGAUCUUCAUGAAGCGCCAACCGAUUGGAAACUUUUGGCAGAAUCUGUUGAAACCAGGAAACUGGAUUGUACCAUUGAUGAAGAACAGAAGAAAGCACAGAAUCAUUACAAAUGCAAUUUGGUGCCUUUCUUUGAAUUGGGAAGUUGUCAUUAUGACUAUUAUUUAGUGAAUCUGAGAAUUCCAGUCCACGAACACAAGAUUACCAACACGGGAAUAGGAAAAUUACAAGAUAUAUGGGUUGUUGCAAUUAGUCAAACGGGAGGUUUUACUGAAGUUUGGUUAUCAUUGAAAACUGUCAUGUUCUUCUUGUUAUUGCCCUGCCUGAUAUGGUUUUGGCGCCGGAUCUUGAUGCUGGACAGGGGACCAAACCUGUUGGAAAGAACUUUAUUUUCUCUUGGAAUUGCUCUAACGGUAUUAAACUCACCUAUCGAAUGGAUGACUCUGUGGAUCAACAUGCCAUUUAUGUUGCUACUAAGUGAUAUCCGACAGGGAGUUUUUUACGCUAUCCUUCUCUCAUUUUGGUUAAUUUUCGUAGGAGAGCACAUGAUUGAUCAAAUGGAUCGGAACCGGAUCUCUACAUACACGAAGCAUCUUGCUGCUGUCGGAUUUGGGUGUAUAAUGCUAUUCGUGUUUGAAAUGUGUGAACGAGGUGUUCAGUUGAAAAACCCAUUCUUCAGUAUCUGGGCAACUAAAAAUGGAACCAAUCUUGCCCUCGGAUCAGUGAUACUUGCAGGGGUUGCUGCUAGUCUUUAUUUUGUCUUCCUUUGUUACAUGAUUUUCAAAGUGUUUAAGACGAUAAGCUUGAAAAAGACUGUACUUCCUCACAUGAGUUCAUCCCGCAGAAAAUAUUACCAGGGUCUGAUCUAUCGGUUCAAGUUCCUGAUGUUGGCCACUCUCGUGUGUGCAGCUCUCACCGUAAUCUUCUUCAUCAUUAGCCAAGUGAGCGAGGGACAGUGGAAGUGGGGGGAUGAGUCCCCCUCACUUGAAUAUACCAGUGCCUUCUUCACAGGAGUAUAUGGAAUGUGGAAUGUCUAUGUUUUUGGAUUACUCUGUAUGUACGCUCCGUCUCACAAGACCAAACAGAUCAUCGAUGAUACGACAGACAACAGCCUGGAAGAAGAAGUUCAACUCACACAGAUACCUUCGGAUGCAUCUCAGAUUUCUUCGUUCCUCAAAAAACCUGCUAUUGAAUAAUGAUGUCGUGAUACCAACAAUCCAUCCAUCCAUCCAUCCAGCCAUCCAUCCAUUGAUCCAAACCAAAAUAUAUAAUUAUCCCCC